GCACGACUCUGGUCCUGGAUCACUGGAGCCAGAGACUGAGAGUUAGAGAGGGAGAGACCAGAGAGAGAGAGAGAGCCAGGAGGGUGAGACCGAGGGAGGCACACUCUUGGAGAGCGGGAUCGAGUUUGAGCAGGACUUCUUAACCCCUACCUGGAAAAGGUGGCUGCUUUCUAGUGUGGCCCAAGAAGCGUCAACCCAGUGUCUGGAGUUCCACUGUCUCAGCCAUCCCUGCUGGCGCUCACCUCCUGCUCUCUCCAGGAGCGCCCUGUAUGGUCUCACUCCUUCUCCCCUGCUGAGCUCCAGGUCUGAGACUGAGUUAGCGGCUGGAACCCACUGCAUACUUCCCCUCAGCAGUCAUGGGGCCCAGGAUGGGGCCAGCAGGCGAGAGGUCACAGGUGCCGGACAAGGACAGCAAGGACACCAUGGGUACAGAAGGCCCACCCGGAGGCAGAGCCAGCCCGGGUCCUCAGGAUCCGCGGCCAAGCAUAUUCCACAGCGUCAAGUUCUUCGUCCUGUGCCACAGCCUGCUGCAGCUGGCACAGCUCAUGAUCUCCGGCUACCUCAAGAGCUCCAUCUCCACAGUGGAGAAGCGCUUCGGCCUCUCCAGCCAGACGUCGGGGCUGCUGGCCGCCUUCAACGAGGUGGGGAACACAGCCCUGAUCGUGUUUGUGAGCUAUUUUGGCAGCCGGGUGCACCGGCCCCGGCUGAUCGGCUGUGGGGCUGUCCUGGUGGCCCUAGCGGGCCUGCUCAUGAGCCUCCCACACUUCAUCUCGGAGCCAUACCGCUACGACCACGCCAGGCCCGAGGAUCUGUCACAGGACUUUAAGGCUUCCCUGUGCCUGCCCACGACCUCGGCCCCAGCACCAGCCCCCUCCAACGACAGCUGUUUGAGCUACACGGAGGCGAAGCAUCUGGCCGUGGUGGGCAUAAUGUUCACAGCACAGACCCUGCUCGGGGUGGGCAGCGUGCCCAUUCAGCCCUUCGGCAUCUCCUACAUCGAUGACUUUGCACACAACAGCAAUUCACCCCUCUACAUCGGGAUCCUGUUUGCAGUAACCAUGAUGGGGCCAGGCAUGGCCUAUGGCCUGGGAGGCCUCAUGCUGCGCCUUUAUGUGGACAUUGACCGAAUGCCAGAAGGUGGCAUCAGCCUGACCCCAAAGGACCCUCGAUGGGUGGGUGCCUGGUGGCUGGGCUUCCUCAUCUCUGCUGGCGCCGUGGCCCUGGCCGCCGCCCCCUACUUCUUCUUCCCCAGAGAGAUGCCCAAGGAGAAGUAUGAGCUUGGCUUCCGGCGAAGGGUCUUGGCAGUUGCAGCCUCACCUGUCAAAAAAGGUGAGGACUCCUCCUCUGAACAAAGCCCUGGGGGAUCCCCAGAGAAGCAGGAUGGACUUGUCCAGAUUGCCCCAGACCUCAGUGUGAUCCAGUUCAUCAAAGUCUUCCCCAGGGUGCUGCUGCGGACCCUGCGCCACCCCAUCUUCCUGCUGGUCGUCCUGUCCCAGGUGUGCCUGUCGUCCAUGGUGGCGGGCACGGCCACCUUCCUGCCGAAGUUCCUGGAGCGGCAGUUUUCCGUCACCGCCUCCUUCGCCAACCUGCUCAUCGGCUGCCUCCCCAUCCCGUUGUCCAUCAUGGGCAUCGUGGUGGGGGGCGUCCUCGUCAAGCGUCUCCACCUGGGCCCCCUGCGCUGCAGUGUCCUUUGCCUGCUGGGGUCGCUGGCCUGCAUCCUAAUCAGCCUGCCUCUCUUCUUCAUCGGCUGCUCUACCCAUCAGGUUGCAGGCAUCAUGCCCCCGCCUGGUGGCCAGCCUGGGCCCGUGCUGUUUCCUGGCUGCACAGAGCCCUGCUCCUGCUCGCCAGACAACUUUAACCCCGUCUGCGACCCUAGCACCCGUGUGGAGUACAUCUCGCCCUGCCAUGCAGGCUGCACAGGCCGGGUGGUCCAGGAGGCUCCGGAUGAUGGACUGGUUUUCUACACCAACUGCAGCUGCGUGGUGGGGGGUGGCCCUGUGCCCGCAGGCUCCUGCGACUCAGCCUGCAGCCACCUGGUGCUGCUCUUCGUGCUCCUGGUCAGCCUGGCUGCGGCACUGAUCAGUGUCACCCACACACCAUCCUUCAUACUCAUCCUAAGGGGAGUGAAGAAAGAAGACAAGGCUUUGGCUGUGGGAAUCCAGUUCAUGCUCCAGAGAGUUCUGGCCUGGAUGCCCAGCCCCGUGAUUCACGGCAGCGCCAUCGACACCACCUGUGUGCACUGGGCCCAGAGCUGUGGGCGCCGAGCUGUCUGCCGCUACUAUGAUCACGACCUGCUCCGAAAUCGGUUCCUCGGCCUCCAGUUCUUCUUCAAGACCGGCUGCCUGGUCUGCUUCGCCUUGGUUUUAGCCGUCCUGAGGCAACAGGAAAAAGAGGCAGAGACCAAGGCAGCCCUACCCAGCCCUGGCCAAGAGCAGCAGCAGUUAAUGCCAGGGCCAGAGAAGAAGCCCAAGGAGUCCAAAGUGUGAGCUGUCCCGGGGCCCCACCCUGGCCAAGAGUGACAGCCACAGCAGAUACCUUCUCUGGGCCCUUUAACCCAGACUGUGUGUCAGAAGCCACCUGGCUCCUCAACAAACUUGCUGUGUGACUUCAGGAAAGUCACUGACCCUCUCUGGGCCCUCAUUUGCUCAUCUGAACCAAUGCAUUAUUUGGAGGUUUGCUGUGUUGACCGGUUCCAAGCAAGAGGGUCUUCACCUUUCCUUCUCCACCCAGGCGGGCUGACUUAGGGACCAGGAUUUCCCGAGUGGAAGGGCUGCACAUCUUUCCCAAGGGGCCUGGGAUUCAGAAGUGGGCCAUAUGGGCCAGGCUGCCCUCCACUAGGGCCGCAGUCUGGCUCUGCUGCUGACUCAGAGCACCCUCUAUGACCUCAGCCACCUCCUCGGUAAGGUGGUAAUGGACUUGCCUGCAUUCAGGGUUGCUCUGACUGUGGUUAUCUGUAUGGUCAGUAUGGCUUUACACUUUCUCCCAACCCCACUCUAGAGCUUCUGUCAAGAAGUGUCCCUUUGGCGCCCCCUGCAGGCAGAUCCCUGAACUAGAUUCCAAGGGGACAUCCAUGGGGAACUGGCCUGACCCUCAGGACAUCCGGGCUUCAGGAGGCCCUGCAGGAGGGGCCCUGGCCUAUCCUCAAGUGGCCCUGCCCACAAGGAGCCUUGGGACUCAGGAAGCCCCAGCCCCUACUCUCAGGGAGCCACAGUAUGGGGCUGAGGCCUAAUCUCUGCCUUUAGAGGCCCUGGUCUGAAGACGGAGGGAAACCCAGGCCCCACACUUGGGCAAUUUUCUAACUCCAGAGACCAACACGCAUCAGCACGCACUCACCCAUACCUGUGCAUCACCAAGAUUUCUCACAUUUGACCAUGUGCCAUCAAAAUCACUGCAACCUCUUUUGUGAAUAGAAUUGUAAUGUCACAAAUUCCUUCCCGGUGACAGUCUGUGUCACCCAGGACUGUGUGGAUGAUGUCUGGUUCCAUGACACCCAAGUUUUGGGGGGUGACAUCUGGUUCUCUUUGAUGCCUGGUUGGUACAAGGAUUGGUUCUUUGUAGGGCUCAGGUUUGUAAUCCUGGGAGCCAUAAUGCCCAGUUUUGCGUAAUGUGCAAGUCUGGGUAAUGCUUGGGUCUGAACAGCACCUUGCUUUUCUACAUCCAUCAGACCUCGUCUUGUUUCAUGCCCAGUCCCAUCUGGCCUGGUUAUUUCCCUGGGAGGGGAAAAGAGUUUCCUGAUCUGUUCCCAGCCCAUUCUAUUGCCACCGCACACCCCACCUGGCUGGGACCUGUCAUUCAGGAGGCAGGAGACAAGACACCAUCAGCAACCAGCUCCCAAGCCCUGGGUGCCCAGCCCUGUGCUGGGGGCUGUGGGCUAAGGUGGGGUAGGGAGAAGGGACACGCGUGGAUCUUGCUCUGAGUGACUCCCUGUGGCAGGGGUUUGAGGCUGAAAGAAGAAGAGGAAAGACACAAAAGUUCUAAUGCCCAAUUUUGUUCUACUGAUUGAUACCUUUAAAUAUUUAGCAUCUAUCUGAGCUUGUAUUUAUCAAUGCCAAGAACUUCAAUGAGGCUCUUCCGACCAGAAGAGUCCUCCCUCCUGUUUCCCAGGUUUCACAGAAAUAAUCUGGAAUUAUAGAUGCAUUCACUUUUGCAUAAUGUCUCUUCUAUCACAAAAUCUUUUUUUACAACCUGUAUUAGAGUUUGCAAAAACUGUAUUAUUUCCAGUUAUUUAGAUUUAAGUUUUACUGGAUUCAUGCUCACCAUUAUUUCUUGUCUAUUACAUCUUUCCCGAUCUUUAUAUUCUGGUCUAAUUGUCAUUUGACUGAAUGAAAUGCAUUCUUCUAGUAAUAGUUUUAGAAAUGCAUUAAGACCGUGAGGCUUUCUGAGUCCUCACCUGUCCAAAUGGUCAUCCCCAUUUUACAAAAGAGGAAAUGGACUCAGAAAGGAAAUAUAACUUGCACAAAAUCACAUAAAAAAUGAAUGGUGGAGCCAAGGGGUAGAUCCAGAUUUUGUGGGAACUGAAGCUUAUACAAUUUAGGGAGCCCUCUUUAAGAAAAAUAAUACAAAACUGUGAAUACAAAAUUAGGCAAUAAAGUGAAUAGUUACUGUGAAUGAGAAAAAAUUAAAAAAAAAAAAAAACAAAAACAAAUACAUCACACAAUCCAGAAAAAAUAGCGUAAUGUUUUUAUUAACUAAGUGCCUUAGACACCUAGAAAAUACUUUCGUUUCCUGAUGAUUGGAAGACUUUUCCACAGAUCACCUUAUGGUUCUGUCCAUUUCAAACCUUGUUCUCCCCCACUACUCAUGUCCUUCCAGGGUCAGGCAGAAUAAAUCACGUUCAUAUCAUGA